AUGGGCGACCUUAACAAACACACCUUUCUGUCCCGGGUGUUUGGGUCUGCAUCCAAUCCUCUGCUGAAUGACGACAACAACGACAUUGAAUUUAGCAUCAACAACUUGCAGGACACGUUUGAAGAGCACGAGGUCGAGAGCCCCCCACGGGCGCAGCACCCGAUCAACGUCAACUCAGAGGACGAAUCUUCUUCUGAAACCGAGUCGGCCUCCAAUGACGAUCUUUUGUACGACCAGAAACGCGAGCUGUACCAACAGGUGGAGUCGGAACUUCGCCAGGACGACUAUGAUACUGUGCCUGAGAGUUUAAUGAUGGAGCGACGCCGUCCGCACGAGGGCAGCACGCGGACGUUUGAGACGAAAAAAUCCCCAUCGCCCGCAGAGCCUCGAGCCGGCCCCAAUUUCAGUCAGUGGGGCGAAAAGGCAAGAGGAAUUGCAAGCAGGACUAUCGACAAUAUCCCUAAAACUAUACCGAGGGGCAUUUCGUUCCAGCUCCCAACCAAUGCCUCCAGCAAGCUCCCGCCACCCCCGCUCUCGUAUAGGAGAGAAAACAGUGUAGGAGGCGAGCCGGAGGUGGUGCGAAAUAUCAACGAGCAGCGUCAGCUACGCGGGAAACUCGGUCUGCUGAGUCCCAUGGAACGUGCUCUCUGGCUGUGGUCGAACGUUUCCAAUUUAGACACCUUUCUUGAGGACGUGUACGGCUACUACACGGGCAACGGUUACCGCUGCAUCAUUUUGUCGCGCGUGAGCGAUCUGCUCAUCAUUGUGUUUGUGGUCUGGCUCAGCAGCUUCAUGGGCAACUGUGUUGACUAUAACCGGCUAAUGAACGGCAAUGCCACCAAGUACUCGGAUGUGGUGGUUGACCAGUGCUAUUCCAAAAUAUCGUUUGGUCAAAGAUUCUUUUUCUUUGUGCUCUUUAUCAUUCUGGUGCUACGGAUCAAAUCGUUCUACCACCACUUCAAAGACCUGAAAGAAAUUAGAAACUUCUACAACCUGCUUCUUGGGGUCUCCGAUCAAGAGCUCCAGACAAUUAGCUGGUCUACCAUUGUCAAGAAGAUCAUGGUUCUGCGGGACCAAAACACCAACGCUCUGAUUUCAGGAAACCAGAAUAUUAGAGGUGACGACCUCAAAUCGAAGAAACGACUAAGCGCUCACGAUAUCGCCAACCGUCUGAUGCGCAAGGAGAAUUACAUGAUUGCCAUUUUCAACAAGAACGUUCUCUCUCCCGCCCUGACUAUCCCGCUUAUCAACCACCAUUUCCUCACUAAAACGCUCGAGUGGAACCUCAAACUUUGCAUAUUUGAUUUCGUGUUCAACACCGACGGCCAGCUGAAACAUGCCGUGCUCAGCGAACACAAACGGCUUGCUCUGGCCACAGAGCUGCGCAAAAGAUUCCGACUCGCCGGAAUCCUGAGCAUAUUUCUCACGCCGUUUCUGGUCAUAUAUUUUCUCCUUUACUUCUUCCUCAAGUUCUUUUACGACAUCAAAACUAAUCCAUCCUUGGUGGGGUCCCGUGAAUACUCCCCUUAUGCCAGAUGGAAACUAAGAGAGUUCAACGAGCUGCCGCACAUGUUUGAUAAAAGACUGAAAAUGAGCAGAGCGCGCGCUACAGAGUAUAUUAACCAGUUUCCCAAGGAAGCAGCAAAUAUAGUCCUCAACUUUGUGGCGUUUGUCACGGGCUCACUUGUGACCAUACUGGUUGUGCUCACCGUUCUGGGCCACGAGAACUUCCUGAAUUUUGAGCUUACCGAAGGCCGCACGGUCCUGUUCUAUAUCUCCACUUUGGGUGCCAUAUUCACCAUUUGCAAAGGCUCGGUCUCGGAGAAUGACACAGUUUUCGAUCCAGAGGCAUCAUUGAGAUACGUGGCCCAGUUUACCCAUUAUCUUCCUAGCUCAUGGAAUGGCAGAUUCCACACAGAAGAGGUGAAGAACGAGUUUUGUAAGCUUUUCAACCUGCGGCUCAUCUUGGUUCUCAAGGAAAUUACGAGCUUGAUUAUGCUUCCAUACAUUUUGUACUGCCGGCUGCCAGACGUGUCUGAAAAGGUGAUCGACUUCUUCAGAGAGUUUAGCGUCCAUGUUGACGGACUGGGCUACGUUUGCACGUUUGCAAUGUUCGAGUUUGACAGCAAAGACAAGCCUGUUCGCAGCCAGGCUGCCAAUGACUACGAUGACCUGAAACAGGAAUACUACACUGCUGACGACGAUAAAAUGGUCAAAUCGUAUCUCUAUUUCCUAGAGAGCUAUGGAAACGAGCCGGUGCGAAAGACUGGCAAGGAGCCGACUGUAGACCGAAUUGGCAGACGUCCGGGCCAGAAAAACCUGCUUCGUUCGGCGAUGAUUAACAACUCAAUGAUGGACAAAAACCGCGGAACUCACUCUACUGUCAGAUAUCCGCCUCAAUUGCGUUCCCCUAAUUUAGGCGAGUCCGUGUACACUAAACGUCAAAACAUCGAUCUUAUGGAAGACACCACCGCAGGCCUAUCCACAGAUACAAGGAACUAUUUGCAAACACUCAACAAUAGCACUCUUCUUGGCGAGUCGUUCCAGCACGGAUUUCCAGUGGAGGAUACGUCGCACCACGACGAAGAGGCUGAUUCGGAAGGCGACGACGAGGCCGGAGUGUUGGGGCUCAUCAACCAGAUUUACAAGCAUAAAGAAGGCGUGAGUUAA